CUUCCUUUGCCUUUGAUCCGGGCAGGUGAAAAAGAAAUGGAGCUUUUAGAUGUCUGCACUGCCCCAAAUGCUGGACUAGCCUAGUGCUUCCCCGGCUCGGAUUUUCCUCUCUCUCUCUCUCUCUCUCUCUCUCUCUCUUCAGAGACACUUGCAUUAGAAAUUAGGAAGGAAGAUGACGAGCAACAACAGGGAAGAAGAAGAGGUUGUGUCUGGGACAUUCACAUGGGUGAUCGAAAACUUCUCUAAGCUCAACAACGACAACCUUUUCUCUGACGUUUUCACCAUCGCUGGUUUCAAAUGGAGGAUCCUUGUUGUACGUCCAAAGUGGUUAUCCGACCAAGAUCCUAAUGGCCUAGUCCAGUUGGCCAUAUAUUUGGGCAUUGCCGAUGCUUCAAGCUUGGCACCUGGAUGGAGUAGAUAUUCCAGCUUUAGCUUGACCCUGGUCAAUCGACUUGACACCAACAAGUCAAUCACAAAGCCUGCAACCGGAUCUGUAAAAGAGUUCACAGAAAACCACAAGGAGUGGGGCUUCAAAUCCUUCAUCCCUCUCAUCAAGCUUUAUGACAGCGCUGCGGGUUAUCUUGUGAAUGAUACAUGUAUUGUUGAAGCCCGGCUUAAUGUCUCAAUUAGGAUUGGAGACCAAGGAAGUAAUGUUUCUGCAAGUACGGAUCACUCAGAGAAAGAGCAUAAAGCGCAGGAACCUUUGGUUCUGAAUUCUAAAGCUGAAAACUCUUCACCGGCGCCUAAAACACCAUGUUCUGAAUUCCAGCAUACACCAGAUUCUGAAAAAGUUUGCACUGAACCUGCUGAUGGUGGCCCUACUGAGCCUUCUCUGGUCAAGGAACUCGGGGAAUUACCCACGAACCUAACGGGUGAGCUUAUGGAAUUUAGGGGUUUAGGACAAAUCGAGAAAGCUUUUAUUCCGCUGCUAGAGGAAGUUUGUUCGUUGCAUCCUUCAUUGAUUGAGAGCAUGCAGAAGAGAAAUCGUAUGGUUGUUGAAUGUGCAUUCACAACUUUAGGGGGACUCUUGCAUUUUCUGAAGACUACGAAGGUGAAGGAUAUGACUGAGGAUGCCUGUUCAUGCCUUCAAAGCUUAUGGGAGGAUGUCCAUAUGUUCAAAUUUGACUUGGCGUGGCUGGAGACUCAUGUUCAAUCAGCUUUGGACAUGAAGAAGCUACUGGAAAGGUCAAGGAGAGUGAAAAGACUGAGAGAAGAUGUGGAGAUAUUGGAUAAUGAGAUGAAGAGGCGGAGUGCUGCGCUAGCUGUGACAGAGGUGGAUCUUGAGAUAGCGAAAAGAGACUUGGAAAAGGAGGAAAAGGGCAUCGCCGCGAUAGAUAUGGAUAGCGAGCUAGGUUAUGGGAUGCGUUAGCCUUAUUGAAGUUUCUCAUCCUGUAGGACAGUUAGUGUAAGUUGCAGGACAGAUAUGUCGAAUACAUACAUAUUAUAUUUUUGAAGGUUGCAGGGACUAUAAUUUGGUGACCUUCAUCAACUCCCGGCAUGAUCGAUUAGGCGGGAUACCAUGGUUGAUAGGUAUUAUGCAUUUGUUGAAGCUGUACUUGAAUUUUCUUGUGUUGAAAAUGCAUAGUGCUCGGACAUGUUUCUAUGAAAUUGAAAGCCUUUCUGUUUCUUAAAA